AUGAGGACAAAUUCAUCUAAACCAGAUAUUUCUAUUAUUAAUAUCAAUCAUCAAGAAGCACCAGAUCUUAUUGAAGUACCACCUGAAACUCUUGCUAAAAUAAAAGAUGUUGGAAAAACAAAUGAUGAAUCAUCAUCGAUUUUUAAUGAAUGUUGGGAAUGGAUACUAGUAUAUGGAAAGAAAUUCGGUGGAUUACAUGAAGAACGACCAAAACGUUUACCAUGGCAAGAAUAUUUUUGGAGUUUUAUUGGAGCAUUUGUAGGUAUUGCAGCUGUUGCUUUUCUACAUUUCAGAUUACUUGAACGGCAUCAACUAACACUUUUAAUUGGUUCAUUUGGGGCUUCUGCUGCUAUUAUAUUUGGUGCACCCCGUUCUCAAUUAGCUCAACCGCGAAGUUUAAUUGGUGGACACCUUAUAGGUGCUAUAUGCGGUUGUAUAGUACGAUUAGCUAUUUAUCAAUUUGAAAAAUCAGUAGGAUGUGCUGUAGCAGUUGCAUCAGCUAUUGUAUUAACACAAUUAACUGAAACAAAUCAUCCACCAGCUGGUGCCACUGCUCUCAUCGCUGUAACUGCUCAUCCUAUUUUACCUUGGGCUAAUUUUCAAUUUAUUUUAAUACCUGCUCUUAGUGGUGCUUUUACAAUGUUAUUAGUUGCAUUAAUUGUUAAUAAUAUGGCACCUAAACGAACUUAUCCUAGUUUUUGGUGGUAA